CCUAUGCAUCGGAUGGAAGAAGGGGAACGAUUCACCGAGAGUGAAAAUGGGAUUUGGCUAUCUUACUCAUCAGCAGAAAGUCCUUAGACUUUAUAAAAAGUCUUUGAGGCACUUGGAGUCAUGGUGCAUAUUUAGGGACAAAUACCGUUUCUAUGCCUGUCUGCUGAGGGCACGCUUUGACGAGAAUAAAAAUGAGAAGGACAUGGUGAAAGCCACGAGGAUGCUGAAAGCCGGAGAGGAGGAAUUCUGGGCGAACCAGCACCCCCAGCCCUACCUCUUCCCAGACUCACCAGGGGGAACCUCCUACGAGAGAUACGACUGCUAUAAGGUCCCUGAAUGGUGUCUGGACUACUGGCAUCCCUCUGAGAAGGCCAUGUACCCAGACUACUUUGCCAAGAGGGAACAAUGGAAGAAACUGCGAGAGCAGAGCUGGGACAGAGAGGUCCAGCAGCUGCAAGAGGAGACUCCUGCCAGUGGGCCCCAAUCUGAAGCCCUCCCUCCAGCCCGCAAAGAGGGUGACCUCCCCCCUCUAUGGUGGCAGUACGUCACCCGCCCCAGAGAGCGUCCUGUCUGAGCACGCUCUGCAAAGACUGGGGGGAGAAAUCGCCUGUGGCAUACCCACACCUGAGUACCCAUUUGACUACAC